ACUGGGAAAUACAGUCUCGAGUUACGCAUCUCGAGUUCUCGUGUACCCUAUGUUUCUUGAUGUAAUGCGAACAUAACCAAAAAGAGACUUAUGUGCGAAAAAUAUUUACUAUUUACGGAGCGAUGUAACGACACGGUGGUUCAAGUGCGCCAGACCUUCACGGCGAAUCGCGAACACCUGAGAUGGGAGAUCACCGUGCACGCCAGGUUGGAGCUAGUCACAGUUUGAAUUGGGAAUCUGCUCCGAAAUCAGAUUUCUAGGAGGGAGAACAAUGGCGAAUGAUGUGGUAAUCAGGGGCAAAGACAGGCUGCAAGAGAUUAGCAUGAAAUUGGAGCAGAGUCAUUUGGCGUAUCUACAAACGGACGAUAGUCCUUUGAAACUACAACAGCGGCAUAAAUUAGAAGGCUUUAUUAAGGAAUACCUCUGUCUAGUACCCAAUGAGAACAAGUAUGUGUUUCAAGAAACAGCAGACAUCUUGCAUAGAUCAGCAGCGACGGUGACAGAUUUCAGUGGGUAUAGAGCGGCAACUGCUUGGAGCGCAAUUUCCUUGUACGCGGCUAAUCUUCUGGCACAGCCUUGGCGGAAGGAGUACAGGACAGUGCGGACAUACAGUGGUUACUACAAGCAUGAAGUAGAAGCGAAUCUAAUAGGUGCAGAGUUAAUGUUUGAACAAAUGGGAUAUAAACACACCAGCCUGGGAGUACUGACCCUGGAAGGUCCAAUUGAUCCAGAUAAAGUGUCAAGUGUCAGCAGAGAUGCUAUUGUAGCUUUUGUAGAGUGUCAGAUUCUGAAACAGAUAUGGGAGAGCGUGUCGCAGAAUUAUACCAUCUCUUGGCUGGAGGUGUUGGAGUUCCGUGAGAGCCACGUCGGCACGCCGGAGCAGGCGAUCCGCGCACUAAAUUAUCGCUUCUUGGAGAAAAUUCAUCAGAAUCGCGUGAAGGCCGACGGCUACAAAGAUUUUUACCUGCAGCAAAUAGGAGUGGACACCACUGUGCCGUUGCAUCUGCCCUACCAUCACUUGCACAACUAUAACACGACGAUGCCACCGAUAUGCCAAACGGACUAUCGGCGCAUCGAGGACGCGAGCGUGAACCUCGCGCUACCGACCAAUUACCGUUACUGCGAGCCGAUUAAUCACAGUUUCGUCAACUGUUGCAACAGCUACGGCUGCCUGCCGACUCACGGGAACAAGUUUUACGGUGGGGGCGUGCAGCCGAAUGCGUAUUGCGCCACCCUACCGGCGUAUGCGACCCGCGUGCCGACCGCUAGACUGAUAGAGCUCGACGUGCCGACAUCCGUGGCGAACUACGACAAGACGCACGCUCACCGCAAGCCUGCGUCUCAUCGGAUAUCGGAUUUGGACGAGGUGGAUUUCUACAGACGACAGACGAACGAUGGAGAGAACUACGAGUACAGUAGGACCGACAGAAAGACCACUAGACCGAAUUCCAGCAUUGGCAGCGGCGGCGGCGGCGGCGGCGGCAGUGGCGGUGGCGGCCGAAAAGACGGCUACGACACGUGGGACUUCGUGUACAGGAAUCUGGAGAGUCAGGGCUAUUACAAGGAUCUCGACGAUCGAGAGGACGUGUUGCAGCACAAGGAGUUCGAUGCCGCCCGCAUGUCGAAACACAAAACGCUCAGGCAAGUGGAGAACGAGGACAAGUACAACGCGCACAAAAGACGAAGCGGCACUAGGCCCGAAGCGAACGAGAUUGACUUGACCGAGACAAAUGGCAAAAGUCAUCAAGAUAUUAUGUCCUUUAAGAAGAAAUCCUCAUCUUUCGACUUGUCAGACGCGAAUAGGUACAACGCUGACGCGUAUAGCAGAGACAAGAAACACAACAGUCAAACCUUACCGAUCUCCCGAACGCACAAAUCCUCCGAUCAAAUAGCGAAAAUUGCGGACUCACUCAAGAAUAUCGAUGUCGCGCACGAGAACAAGGAGAAGAAGGAGGAGAGAGAGACAGAAAACGAAAGACCAUGGAACUGCGCCACGUGCACGUACUUGAAUACACCGGAUCGAGAAAUUUGCGAGAUGUGCGCGAAGUCGCGGUCCAAGGGAAACGAGGACAAGCCGCUCGCCAGCGGCGGUAAGGAAUGCCCCAAGUGCACUCUGGUAAACGAGAAGAACGUCUCUAACUGUGAUGCUUGCCAGACCAGUUUGAAGGACUCUCCGACCUACAUAUAAUAGACUGAGCUCCUCGAGGGAAAAGUAAAAAAGUCUUGCAUACUUGUCAGGAUUUGCAAGAUACUUAUCAAGAUUUGCACGAGGGUCUUAUGUGCAAGAUAUGGAAAUUAUUCGCCAAGCGAAUAACUUGCGUACAUGGAGUUUUUCAACGACCUAAACUGAAACAUGAAAUACUACAUAAAAAACUUACAGGUGUAACAUAUUAAAUAACACGCAAAUCUUAAACUGCAUAGAGAAGGUACAAAGGUUAUUUAUUUAAAAUUUAUCUCGCACAUUAAGCGCUUGUAACAUAAUGAUUUUUCUUUAGCAUUAUUAGUAUUGUUAUUGUGGCCUAUUGAAUCAUUUAGUAAGCUUUAACGUCAUGCAUUAUGACUAUCAGCGCGAUUAUAAAUAUCUUCAAUAAUUGUUUUUUAUUAAAUUUUAAUAAAAUUUAAUCAAAUAUUAUGAGAUCCAAAAAUUAUGAGAAUAAUGUUAUCGAGUUUAUUAAAAACAUACGUAAAACGCUGGAACGUUACUCAAUAUAUUCACCAAAAGUAUUAUCAUAUAUUUUUAGUUUAAUCAUUUACUUUUUAAAUUACAUCUCUUUAAAAUUUUCUUUAUUUUAUUUGAAUAGGUAAAUUUAAUUUAAUUAAUUUCUAAAAUCUUUAUUUUAUUAAAGGCGUUGUACAUUGAAUUAAAAAAUUGAAUGUUAUCACUGUAAUCGAUAGAUUUUAUAAAAUCCACCAUCUUGUAUUAUGUAACUGGAAAAAUGAUUUAAAAAUUGGUUUUUCAUACAAAUACUUUCUCUGAGAACAAAUUGGAUGUUUGUUAUAAAAUACAAGAACGUUACACUUCGCUCGGUCAUACUGUGCUAGAUGAAAUUAUUAUACUAUCGGUUGCAGAGAUUGUUGUUAUAAUUAUUGUGAUAAUACUAACACAACAUGUUUGCUAUAAUGCAAAGAAAUCGAUUAUAUAUAUAUAAGAAAACUCUAUGAUUGGAAACAUAAAUUCUACUCUAUUUUAACAAAGUUUUAUUUACGUUAACGAUAUGCAUUAAAAUGGUAUUGAAAUAUCUAUCUAUUCAAAAUGACACAUUUAAGAAUGGUCAUCAUAAAUAAUACGUACCCUCUUAUUUAUUCAUACAUUCCUUAUUCGUUGAAUUGUUCAACUGUUGUCAUGGCGUAAAAACAUUAAAUGCAUUCUGUUCAUUAAAUAUUUCCUGUUAAAGUAUUUCUGCGACGUAUCUGUUUCAUCUUAUUUAAUGCUGUUUCACAUUAUUGAUAAUUUCAUAUGUGCAAGAUACAUAUAGCCUAUUGUGUUUUCACAAGUUUGUCAAUGUUGCACAAAACAAUACGUAUACGUAGCUAAUUAGUAUAAUGUAAAAGUAUAAUAUAUGUUUCGAGAGACAAUUUUGCUCAAUAGAUAAUUAUAACAAUGCUUCAUACAACGUACUUUUUAAAUAAUUUAUGUUCAACUGUCCAGCCUUUUUGUUAACUAACACGAUAUUAUAGUCGAGAAGAACUUUUUAUUGGCUGUACUAGCUUAGCCUAACUUACACAAUUUCAUUUGCGUUGAAGUGAUAGAGUGGCUAUUGCUUGAACUUUAUAUAUAUAUAUAGGCGAUGUACUGAGAUAAGAAUAUUUGUUUGUACUGUAGACAUAUAGACAUUGUCUCGCGAUAUAAAUAAUUUUUCAUACCGUUUAUAAAAGUCUAAUGUUACAACUGUCAUAAAUUGGUCAUAUUUUUUCAUCAAAGAAGUGUAUGAGAGUAUGACAUAGACAGCAUACAGCAUGCAUAGUUAUAUUGUAACAUUCUUGCAGAGUUUAUGUAAGUUGUAAAAUAAUCUGUUGUAUACAAGUAAUAAAUUUAAUAUAAUAUGCAUAUUAUAUUUAUGUAAAAUUUUUAUUAGAUAUGCAUUAUAUAUCAGACAAAUCGAUUUGUACAAAACAGAUAAUUAUUUUUAAUAGGAUGCAUGUGUAACAUUUAAAUUAUUGACAUAAAUAAACAUGUGCACAAAA